UCAAAUCCCUUGGCGGAAGGAUAUGUUGCAGUCGCCAACUGCUUUCGCUGUGGCUCACUAACAGCGGCUGUUGCCGACUGCAUCGAGUCAGACCUUGACCCUCCGGCAUCUCGACCAUGACUGGGGUCGAGCAGGGCUCUUGGAGUGAAAAUAUAUUGGAUUAUUUUCUGAAUACUAAGCAAAUUAAAACGAGAGAUGGAGCUGAAAUCCUGUGGUAUCAUGCAGCGAACAAUAAAUUGCAAAUGACUGAGGCAAUAGAAAGUACAGCUCACAUGAUAGAGGCAGAUGUCCUUCUUUGUGGAGAAGAUGGCAGGGGUGAACCAAUCAUGGCUCAUCCACCUGAAACCAACAGUGAUAAUACACUAGAGGAGUGGCUAAAAGAGGUUAAAAAUACUAGCAAGGGUAUCAAGCUUGAUUUUAAAAGUCUGGAAUCUGUGAAUCCUUCGAUGAAGCUUCUUGAGAAUAUAAAACUCAACAAACCUGUUUGGAUAAAUGCAGACAUUCUUCCUGGACCAAAUGGAAGCAGUUGUACAGUAGAUGCAAAGGGUUUUCUGGACACUGUUACAUCAUUUUUUCCAAAUGUAACCUUAUCACUGGGGUGGACAACUGGGUGGAUUAAUCUAAAAUGCAAUAAAGGAUACAGUUCAGCAAUGAUGCAAGAAAUGGCAACUAUUUGUAGAGAUCUUACUCAGCCAAUAACAUUCCCUGUAAGAGCUGCUUUGGUGCGCCAGUCAAUAUCUGAACUUCAGUGGUUAUUACAACAAUCAAACAGAUACACCUUGACCAUUUGGACAGGAAAAUGUGACAGCUACUCUAUAGAAGAUCUGCUCUUCAUCAGAAACUGUUUUGAUAAAACUAGAAUUUUUUAUGAUAUCUUAGAACCACAAAAGUCUGAAUUCAGAAAGGCUAUAGGAUUGGAAGUCCCACUAUGAAGAAAACUGACUUUCCUGUUAGGGGAGUUGACUGCUGUCUCCGCAGUCUGUAAUGCAAAAACCAGCCCAGCUGAAGUAAUUAUAUUAAGAACACCACAUUAACAAAUUGAAACUGCUACCACAUAGUUUGAAAGAAGCACUUCUGGAACACAGGGAAGGUCUAUACCAAGGCUACAAGGUAUUACAUUAACCACUGUUUCUCAAAACCUUAAGCGCUUGAACAAUUCUACUGUACGUAAAAAAGACAGUUUUCAUAACAGCAAAAGCAUUAAUUUCCUUAGCACUUCUGGUUAUCCUUGUAAGUGAUAAAUGCUGCUAAUUUGCCAUUAUUAAUAGCAUUUUUGUGACAUUGCAAAUUUAGAAAGAAAUAACAGCCCUACUAGAUCAGACACAACAGCCAUGAAGUCCAGCUUUCCAUUUCCCAAUUAGCAAUCAGAUAUCUCUCAGAAGCAUAAACACAGAG